UUACUUUGCUUCCGUGCGGUAACUCCUGUCUGCUUCUCCAAACCGGAAGCCUGCCGACUGUCAUCUAUUGUAGGUAAUACACUGACUAUGGAUAAGUACCUCAUACAACACCACUUCAAAAAAUCUAAACUACCCUUUUAAGAUUGGUAGCUGAGUACUUUUAGGUAAAAAAAUCAAAAAGACAAACUCAUGUUUUGAGACAGUAGAAUCUACAGAAUAUUGCAUGGAGAUUUGUCUCUUUUACUGUAGAGCAGAGAUAUACUGUACCUGCCAGGUCACUUAAAGGAUAAUAGUGGUGUUUUCUCUUGGUUUAUGCCAAUCAUCAUCAGCAGUUAUUUCCAUGUGGAUUUUAUGUUUUAAGGAGACAAAAAAAAUUGAACAAUGGAUAUUAGGCGUGAGGAUUCAAACUAGAUUUAGACAGUAGAAAAGGCUGUUAAAAAGUGCUGUAACUGCAAACAACACUGUUGUUAUCCUUUAAGUGUUAUUUACAAUAUCAACCAAACACUACAUAUUUAACCCUGGCCUGUGAUUGUUAUAUAGCUGCGUAUAACUCCACACAGUAGACGACUCCUGCAAUACUAGUUUAGAAAAUAAUAACUACAGUAUUAUAUUGAAAGCUUGUGGCUUUGUGAUCAUGACUAUUAAAGGAGCUUUGGUAGAUUAUUUACUGUGCUGUUUUAUAAGAUUUUAAAUGUCUGUUGAAAAUAAAGGUGUUGUCUGUUUUUAAAUAAUAUGUGCAUUGUUUAAUUUUGCAUUCUGUGCCGGUUUGUGAAUUUUAAAUGAAUGGUUGUGAAAGGGGUAUUUCACAGCAUAUAUUAGGCUUCAUAAUACAGCUCAUAUAAACAGAUUGUUGUGUUUAAAUUGAAGAUUUUCGGUUAUUUAUUUGCGGUCUUUUUUUUCCUGUACUGUCACUGCAGUUAGGGAUUAAUUAGACUGAGGUUUAUCUCCUCAGCUUGAGCAUGCAUGUUAUCAAGCUCUCUUGUAUGGCCUCGAUGAAAAAUGUAUGUAAUAAAUAACAACUAGUCAAGACGCUAGCUGAAAAUGUUAUGUUUACAACCACAGAAUGAUAUUGUCUAUUAUAGAUGAAACAUCUGCUUUUGUUAUUUGUGAUUGAUGGAAACUAACUUUGGUUUAUUUUCUUUAGUAUUAUUUUCUUAAAUCUGAGGAAAGCAAUAACUUUAUUUAAAUAUCACCUUUUAAAACAAAGUAAUUUACAGUAAAAACAGAAUAACAGUAACCAAAAUCCAUUAAACAAGUCAUAUUUAAGAGAAAAAAAGUGAUAUAAGUGUAAAUUUUAAAGAUUUUCAUCUCUCCUUUUGAUAUUUGUCUUAAUGUUUGAUUUGUUUUGCAUCUAUUGCCCUGUAAAGUAUAAUGAAUGUAUUAUAUAUACUGUAUAUUACUAAUAUUUUAGCCAACAUUUCCCUAGAUGAGUGUCAUUGUCAACUGAGAGAGGAGUAAAAGAGAGGGAUCACUCUGCUAAUCUUUCCAGAAACCACUUUGUAGGCAGGGUAAGCGAGACCUGGAAUGCAGAGUUGGCCAUCCUGUCUUUCCCUGUUCAUAGAUGAUCUUCGGUGUACUGUACCCCACCAGAGUCAUCUGAUCCCCUAGCAACCAGCAGGUGUCGGUGUCACCACCAGAGAGAACGAGGUACAGGACAGUCCAAAACCCAAACACACUGACAUCGACCAGAGAAAAGGAACUAACCCUCACAAUCUUUUUGCGUGCAGCUGUUUCCCCACAUCAGCUUCACCUGUUUCCAUGGCAACUCGGACGCAGAAGCUAGCUCAACCCAAACCCAACCGACUCCGAUAUCCAGACUGUCGUUCUGUUUACUGGCUGGAUCAGCUGCCACCAGAGAAGACUAGAUGCACAACCAAAACUGAGUUAACCCCUCGCUGGUCGGAGCUAUGCAGAAGUAAAAAGUUCUACACUCAAGUCAUACCUUCUCCCAUAUGGGAGGUGAGUGAAUGGGCUCUCAGAGCCGUCCCAUCCGAUCGGCUGUGUAGUCUGGCUCAACCUCGGGCCCCUGCAGCUGGCUGGCAGCCGGACCGCCCGCUGCUUGCCCGUCUGAACAGAGGGACGCAGACGGCAGUCGCAACUUCACAAAUUUGCCAGCUUGCUCAACCAAAAAGAAGGCCAGUUCUGGAGGGCUCUGGCCUCAAAUCUAAACCUAUACCCAUGACCCACAUACCCUGCAAGGCAUCGGCACACAUAGAGCUACUUGCUACCCCUAAACACAACCACCCCAAGUUCGAAGGAGUGCGCUCGGUGUGCUGGCCCGUCUCCAGAGCGGCGAGAAACUACGUAGCCGGUCAGAGACUUCUUGAGCUGUCCAGACCCAAAGAGAGGAAGCCUCUGUUUGAGGGAUACGACCCGUACGUAGUUAGCCGGGCAGCCCGCUCCGCCAGCCCCUCAACUCGGAUACAACAGCUCUGUCUUCCUCUGCCUCGCAAGUGCAGCUCAGAGAGAUGAGGUUGGUCCCUGGGGAAGUAGUGAUUGUUCUCCUUUUUCCUCAUUGUAAUAAAAGUUGUUUACAUGUAAAAUCGUGACAAAGGCCUCUUAUUUGCUCUCUUACACAAAUAUACACAAAUAUACACAUGUAUAGAACAGUACAGCAGCAGACCUGGUUUACUUUACCACCCUUGAUUCACUGGACAACCCGGUCAAAGAACGUACAGUAUAUUGCCAAGAAGUAAAAGGCAAUUGUUCGUUCCAUUGCAACAUCAUCGCCCAGCAACAUAGCAGCGCUUCCGCCCUUUUUCUACUGAAAGCGACUACUGGACGCCAGCAAAACGUAAAAAGUGCUGUACAAAAGUAAAACAAAAUUAUUUCUAUUCUAUUGUACGCAUUUUCAAAAUUUCCAAAGUGGCAGCAGCGAAUGUU